AUGAACCUUGUCACGAAUGGGGUCCAGCUGAAAUCUCCUGGCAAGACACCCACGGUCCGAGAGGCACCAUUCCUAGAGAUCAUCACCGACCUGAGCUGGAGUCUGAAGAUCAAAACCAAAGACUUUAACGACUCUUUUGGAGCAAAGACUCUUGCAGAACAAUGCUCAGAACUUCAGUGGCCUCCAUGCUGCGUCUCCCCAAACACCUUCAGGGACAGCUCAUUCGGCUUCUUCGCAAGCUUCGAGGAGUGGAUGCAGACUUACGGUCAGCCGUUAGACGACGUCGACUGGGAAGGCAGAGACUCCGAAGCGCGCGAGCGCGCGGCACGGAAAUUUCAGGAGGCUAUGAGCAGUCCGCAGUGUCAAGCACAUCAUGAAAGAUACCUGGAAGAUCUUGGUCUCGGCGGUGAAUCGGAGCUGCAGCCAGUCAUUCCCGGAACAGACUGCUUCAACCCUGUGCUCGAGAACUUCUGGAAGCCCUGGGCCAAGUCCGUUCUUUUUCCCGGAGCUUUCCGUCCGGACAUCGUCGACGCUCCGGGCGCCCUCGCCGCGUGUUUCCUGCAGCAGGCUGUGCGCGAGCACCUGUGCUGGUCCGUUCCGACGCUGCCCAUUCUUCGCUGCAUGAUCAAUUUCGCUCCGGAAGGCCGGAUCCUGGACGUCGCCGCGGGAAGCGGUUACUGGAGUGCGCUCCUGGCCGGCCUCGGGGCGGACGUGUUGGCAAUCGACAAUUUCUCUUGGUGGCAAAAGCGGCGCGUGAACGGCGGAUCGGUGAACGGAACGGAAAGCUCAUCAGGCAAAGAAGGCAUACCUCUUCCGACGCCCUUCUACUACGACAUCGAGGAGGCGGAUGCCGUUGAGUUCAUCAAAGCUGGCAAAGCGGAGGGACGCGCGCUCUUCUUCAGCUGGCCGUUCAAUGUGAUGCAAUGCCUGGAGCACUACACUGGGGACACCGUCUUUUGGAUCGGAGAAGGAUCUACAGACGACAUCAUGCCGUGGGCUGAUGAGUGGCUUGAGGUGCACCGGGUCGAGAUUCCGCAAUGGUUCAGCCUUCACGAUGAAUUUGUUGUCUACAAGAGAAAAGGAAGCUUUUCUUAG